CGGGCGCAAGGCGACGGACCGCGCGACGCACGAUGGCCGACGCCCAUGAGCUCCUCGAGAUGGAGACGUUCGACGCCAUCGAGGGCAAGGACAGCUCCAAAGACGUCGAGAUGCUCGACCCUGUCUUGAUGGCCGACUCGGCGACGUUGUGCGAGACCAUUAGUCAGAUAUGCGAGCUCGAAGAGCAACAGCAGCCGCACGGAAAGCACGGCGACGCCAUCUCGUUUCUGGACGAAUGGAUGGAGGACGAGAUCCGGCCGCCUGAGACCUUGAUCAUCAAGGUCGAAGUGACGCCCGACAAUGACAGCCGACGCAGCAGCACCAACAGCGCUGUCGAGCAAGCACUUUACGGCGACGACGACGACAGCAACGAGAUGAUGGACGACAAGUGGAUCUCGGUGAAAGAGGAGCCGCUGCCCGUGCCCAUCGAGAUCAACAACCCGACACUGCUUCAGUCGCCCCAGCCCGAGAUCGAAGACGCUGAUUUGCCGGCGAUGCUCGACAUGUUCAGCGCUCUCUACUCGGACGCCACCGCACCAGUCGCCGUCGACGAGCCAAAGCCGACGCUCAGUAUUCACAUUCCGGCGCCGGCGACGAUGCCUCCUGCCGUGACAUACCAAGGCAACCGCAUGUUGGCACCGCACAGCACGCCAAAUGUACCAUUACCGUCGUACUUCAACACGCCAAGCUACGACAAGUCCAAGCCACCUAGUUACAGCAGCUACAACGCGGGGGCGUCGUAUACCAUGCACGCAGUCAUAUCUCCGACAUACCCAGGAACGCUGGUCGCACGCACAAUUACUCGGUCGAGGACCCCGAAAGCGCUGCCUCGCAUGUCCAUGUCGCCGGACGUGGCCGAGCAAAAGCUCAACCGCAUCUUCUUUCAGUACUCGGACCCGCUCACCAAGACGAUGCUGCUCGCCCAACUCUUAGUGCUCUUGAAGCGACACCGCAUCAAGGAAGACGCGCCGUUGAACCUCAUGACGCUCUUCCCGCCCAACGACAUCAACGCGCAACCCUUCCCCUACUCGCUCUUUGGGGCCGACAGCCAGCAGCCCCUCACGCUGGAGGGAUUUCAAAAUGCCUUUCAGAUCUGCAAUCGGUGUACGGAGAUUAAGCGCAAGCAGCAUAGUACCAAAGACGCGCGGGACGUGCAAGAAGACGUUGCACCGGUCGUCGUCCGGGUUGUCCCGAGCAUCUAUGAAGGUCCCAAGAUCAAGAGCUGCGACCACUUCCAGUGGACGUGGUGCGAAGGCUUUGCAAAAACAAAAAACGAAAAAUGCAAUGGCACCAACCGCCACGACAAGUGCCCCAAGUACCUCGCCAACUGCACAUUGUGGAAGCACCGGCUACCGCCCAAGAACCGAAAAGCCUCUAAAGACAAUGACGCGCAGUGCGGCGACACGAUGGACUCGCCCGCCAAGAAACUAAAGUUCUUCUCCUAGUCCACGUUUCCCCUCUUCGCUUCGUACAAUGAGUUUGAACGCCUGUCCCCACACUCUUUGCAUCGACAAGACUGGAAC